GAUUGAUUUGCAGUUUUCGCACCAAAGUAUGUUAAUCUCUAGGAGACCGACUGCGUCUCCUCCCUGAGCGGUAUGACGGCUGUGUGGUCCCAAGGUGUUUAUACUAUUGUUUGUACAGAUGAACGUGGUACCUUCAGGCGUGUGGAAAUUUCUCCCAAGGAUGAACCAGACUUGUAGUGGUCUACACAUUUUUGGCUGAUUUCUUUUGAUUUUCCCAUGAUGUCAAGCAAAGAGGCAAGUUUGAAGACCUGACACAGCAAGACAGCAGCCAUUCCUGAGCUAAACAGACGGCGUUAUAGAUGGCGUACUCCACCAAAACUCUUGCUGCUGGCAGCUUUGGGAAGGUAUACAAGGAGAAGUACAAUGACACCUGGGCUGCAAUCAAGAAGGUGCCACAACACUUAAUCAAUAGGAGAGACCUGGAGAGAGAGUGUCAAGUAUACAAUAAAGCGAUUCAUCCUAACAUAGUGAAGCUUCUGGGUAAUCCAACACUCAAGGACUCUAAGUGGAUCAUCCCCAUGGAGUUCAUCUUUGGAGAGGAACUGGAGACAACCAUCUUCAAAUCACAAAAAUCUAAAAUACAGUUAACUCCAUCUAUAAAGGCCACCAUCAUCACAGGCAUGUGUGAAGGACUGCUUCACCUACACAGCAAAGAUAUCGUCCAUCAAGACCUCAAGCCUGAGAACAUCAUGGUAGAGCAUGACACUCACAGAGCUGUGAUCAUUGAUAUGGGACUGGCCAAAUUCUUCCGCAAUGGCCUAAAUUCUGCCGUGGAUAUGGGCAACGAGGCCUACUCUCCACCUGAGGUCCUGCAGAGGCGGGGCCACCGAGACCAGCGUUCGGACGUGUGGGCUAUGGGUAAAAUCAUUGCUGAACUCUGUGCCAGAGUCAGGCUGCACACCCCCAGUGUCUGUCCGGCUAAGAUCCAUGAGAUCCUCAGUCUCCAAGGACAGCAGUACUGUAACGCUGUCUGUAGGAUGGUGCAGAGUGACCCCACAGUGCGGGCCACCAUGGCCGGAAUCACGCCGGAGAUACGAAAGGCAGUGGGAGGUGGCAACACCGAGGAACAACAAAAAGGACAUCUUCCGACACCCUUUCCUUACACUGAGAUAAAAGUCACAUCGCCACGUCCUCAAGCUCCUGUACAGCAAUCACUCCCUCUAUCAAGAGCUGAGUGCGCAGCCUCACCAAGGCCUGAGGUCAAGACGCUAGUGCGAGCUCCUGUGCGAGCACCUUCUCCAUCGAUAUGGGAGCGUGCAGCCUUGCCAAAGACUGAGGUCAAGACUGAGGUCAAGACAACACUGCAACCACAACCCGUACAGCGUUCACCUUCCCCGUCAAGGUGGGAGCGUGCAGCCUUGCCAAAGACUGAGGUCAAGACAACACUGCAACCACAACCCGUACAGCGUUCACCUUCCCCGUCAAGGUGGGAGCGUGCAGCCUUGCCAAAGACUGAGGUCAAGACAACACUGCAACCACAACCCGUACAGCGUUCACCUUCCCCGUCAAGGUGGGAGCGUGCAGCCUUGCCAAAGACUGAGGUCAAGACAACACUGCAACCACAACCCGUACAGCGUUCACCUUCCCCGUCAAGGUGGGAGCGUGCAGCCUUGCCAAAGACUGAGGUCAAGACAACACUGCAACCACAACCCGUACAGCGUUCACCUUCCCCGUCAAGGUGGGAGCGUGCAGCCUUGCCAAAGACUGAGGUCAAGACAACACUGCAACCACAACCCGUACAGCGUUCACCUUCCCCGUCAAGGUGGGAGCGUGCAGCCUUGCCAAAGACUGAGGUCAAGACAACACUGCAACCACAACCCGUACAGCGUUCACCUUCCCCGUCAAGGUGGGAGCGUGCAGCCUCUCCAAAUCCUGAAGUCAAGAUCUCAUCAUCUCCCCUUCCAAAGGUUGACCAGGGUAAUGCACUGGUUCCAUCAGGCAUGGUUCAACCCAGUCAAGAUGUCAUGAAACAGCUUCUCUACGAAGAGGCCUUGAAGGGUCUCCCAUGCCCACUCCCAACAACGGGCAAGGUGCGAAUCCGCCGUUAUGAGCAAAGGAAUGGGGAAGUGGAGACUUGGGAGCAAAAGGAGGUGGAGACUGAAGGAGGGAGGAUAGUCAAGUUUGAGGAUGUGAUGUUUAACAACAAGUCAUAAGUAGGUUAUUGAGAGGUUGUGAAAUAGUUGCGAGUUGAUUUGACUCUGCUUCUGAAAUAGUUGGGAGUUGAUUUGUCUCUGGUUACUCCCCUUAUAUCCUUCAUUGUAAAAGUCUGACAUUUUUAUGGAGAAGGGGAAGAGUAUAUUUGGGAGAUGGGACAAACUAAUGUAAGAAUUCUAACAUCCAGUGAAACUAUACCAGAUGUACUGUGCCUAAAAACAAAAGUGGCACAAUAUCCCACAACUUGAGACCCCCACCCCCUCCGAAAAAGACUAUUAACAACAAAAGUGUUCUUGCACUGGUAAGAAGGAAACCUUUGAGUGAGUUAAGGUUGAGUAAGGAUUUAGGGAUGAUCUUGAAUGUACUAUCACUUCUUCUAAUGCUACAUCAUGUUACAGUAUGGCUACAAUGUUGCACAACUGGUUAUGUGACAGUGUACAGAGGCACCUGGAGUCAAAUAACUAUCUGUGAAUGUUUUUGAAAACUUUUUGUUUUGGGAAUCUCAUCCUUGUUGCAAAUCAGUUGACUCUUUAGUUCUAUACAUUUGACUGUGUACAUACAGUACCAGUCAAAAGGUUGGGCACUCCAACUCAUUCAAGGGUUUAUCUUUUCUAUUUACUGUGUUCUACAUUGAGGAAUAAUAGUGAAGACAUCAAUACUUUGAAAUAACACAUAUAGAAUCAUGUAACAACCAAAAAAGUGUUAAACAAAUCAAAAUCUAUUUUAUAUUUGAGAUUCUUCAAAGUAGCCACCCUUUGCCUUGAUGACAGCUUUGGCAUUCUCUCAACCAGCUUCACCUGGAAUGCUUUUCCAACAGUCUUGAAGGAGUUCCCACACAUGCUGAGUACUUGUUGGUUGCUUCACCUUCACUCUGCGGUCUAACUCAUCCAAAUCCAUCUCAAUUUGGUUGAGGUCGGGUGAUUGUGGAGGCCAGGUCAUCUGAUGUAGCACUCCAUCGCUCUCCUCCUUCUUGCUCAAAUAGCCCUUACACAGCCUGGAGGUGUGUCGGGUCAUUGUCUUGUUGAAAAACAAAUGAUAGUCCCGCUAAUUACUAACCAGAUGGGGUGGUGUAUUGCUGCAGAAUGCUGUGGUAGCCAUGUGGGUUAAGUGUGCCUUGAAUUCCAAAUAAAUCACAGACAGUGUCACCAGCAAAGCACUCCCACACACCAUCACACCUCCUCCUCCAUGCUUCACAGUGGGAACUACACAUGCAGAGAUCAUCAGUUCACCUACUCUGCGUCUUACAUGACGGUUGGAACCAAAAGUCUCAAAUUUGGACUCGUUAGACCAAGGACAGAUUUCCACCAGUCUAAUGUCCAUUGCUUGUGUUUCUUGGCCCACGCAAGUCCCUUCUUCUUAUUGGUGUCCUUUAGUAAUGGUUUCUUUGCAGGAAUUUGACCAUGAAGGCCUGAUUCACACAGUCUCCUCUGAACAGUUGAUGUUGAGAUGUGUCUGUUACUUGAACUCUGUGAAGCAUUUAUUUGGGCUGCAAUCUGAGGUGCAGUUAACUCCGAUGAACUUAUCCUCUGAAGCAGAGAUAACUCUGAGUCUUCCUUUCCUGCGAGCCAGUUUCAUCAUUGCGCUUGAUGGUUUUUGCGACUGACUGCACAUGAAGAACCUUUCAAAGUUCUUGAAAUGUUCCGAAUUGACUGACCUUUAUGUCUUAAAGUAAUGAUGGACUGUCCUUUCUCUUUGCUUAUUUGAACUGUUCCUUCAGUAAUAUGGACUUGGUCAUUUUACCAAAUAUACCACACCUACCGUGUCACAACACAACUGCUCAAACGCAUUAAUUUGUGGAAUUUCUUUCCUGCAUUUUAACAAGGCACACCUGUUAACUGAAAUGCUUUCCAAGUGACUACCUCAUGAAGCUGGUUGAGAGAAUGCCAAGUGUGAAAAGCUGUCAUCAAGGCAAAGUGCAGCUACUUUGAAGAAUCUCAAAUAAAAAAUAGAUUUUGUUUGUUUAACACUUUUUUGGUUCCACAUGAUUCCAUAUGUGUUAUUUCAUAGUUUUGAUGUCUUCACUGUUAUUCUAGAAAAUUGUUUUAAAAAAUGUAAAAACCAUUGAAUGAGUAAGUUGUCCAAACUUUUGACUGGUACUAUAAUAAUAAGCAUUUGUUUUGUAUCAUCUAAGACAAAAAGUUGUUACAUUUCUUUUACUAUUAAGAAUAAAAGUAUAUAUUUA